UUCAUAUUCGUUGUAGUGUGGUGUAUUCAGUGAACAGUUUCUAGGUUUAAAUUUAUUUGAAAACAUGACUGACAACGAGGUACAGAAUGGUUCAACGGGGGACGAACCCCAAGAGAAGACUGCCAAGCAGCUGGAGAAGGAAGCCAAAAAAGCUGCAAAGUUAGACAAACUAAAAGCCAAGUUGGACAAAAAAAGCACCGCGCCAGCUGUGCAAAAAGAUAAGCCUGAGAAAAAGGCAAAGGAUACAAAAGAGGCUGCAGUGUAUACUGCCAACACAGCGCCUGGUGAUAAGAAAGAUCUCACUGGGGCUAUGCCCGAUGCGUACAGUCCCAGAUAUGUGGAAGCUGCCUGGUAUUCCUGGUGGGAGAAGCAGGGUUUCUUCAAGCCUGAAUAUGGGAGAAAGUCCAUAUUGGAGCCGAACCCGAAAGGCAAAUUUGUGAUGGUGUUUCCUCCCCCCAAUGUCACCGGCUCCUUGCAUCUUGGCCACGCACUCACAAACGCUGUGCAGGACUCUAUUACUAGAUGGCACAGAAUGAACGGGCGCACAACCCUCUGGAAUCCCGGCUGCGACCACGCAGGCAUCGCCACACAAGUGGUAGUGGAGAAAAAACUGUGGCGCGAAGAGAAGAAAACGCGACACGACUUGGGGAGGGAGGAGUUCAUCAAGCGCAUCUGGGAGUGGAAGAAUGAAAAAGGCGGCCGUAUCUACGAGCAGCUCCGCUCACUAGGCUCAUCAUUCGACUGGUCUCGCGCCCGAUUCACCAUGGACCCCUCCAUGUGCCGCGCCGUCAACGAAGCCUUCAUACGGCUGCAUGACGCUGGCGACAUCUAUCGGGCGAACAGACUGGUUAACUGGUCUUGUACGCUCAAGAGCGCUAUAUCGGAUAUUGAGGUUGAUAAAGUGGAGUUGCCAGGACGGACUAUGUUGGCUAUACCGGGAUAUGAGCAGAAGGUGGAGUUUGGUGUGCUGGUACACUUCGCAUACAAGGCGGAAGGGUCUGACGAUGAGAUCGUCGUGGCCACUACUCGUGUGGAAACCAUGCUCGGUGACGUCGCUGUGGCUGUGCACCCUAACGAUGACAGGUAUAAGCACUUGAUAGGCAAGCACCUGAUACAUCCCAUCUGCAAACGGAAGAUGCCGGUCAUAGCAGACGAAUAUGUCGACAUGAACUUCGGAACUGGUGCCGUAAAGAUAACUCCAGCCCAUGAUCCUAAUGACUACGAGAUCGGCAAGCGGCACAACCUGCCAUUCAUCACCAUCUUCGACGACGAGGGACGCACGCUUGACAACUGCGGUGCAUUCUCGGGCAUGAAACGUUUCGACGUCCGUCGCAGCAUCAUCAAGACUUUAGACAGCUUAAAGCUGUAUAAGGAAACCAAGGACCACGCUAUGGUGGUACCGCUCUGCAGUCGCUCCAAGGACGUGGUGGAACCCAUGCUUAAGCCACAAUGGUACAUCCGUUGCGACAAAAUGGCCGCCGAGGCCAUUAAGGCCGUCAAAACCGGCGAGCUCAAGAUCUUACCAGACGCGCACGAGAAAACCUGGUACCACUGGAUGGAGAGCAUCCGUGAUUGGUGCAUUUCAAGACAGCUGUGGUGGGGGCAUCGCAUACCGGCCUAUCGUGUCACGUUGCCGCACUCAGAGGACACGUCGAAAGCUGCGCCGCGGCGGCGCCGCACGCGCUCCGGACGCAAGAAAAGCGCGCGCAUCCGCUCGCGCAAGCACGCCACGCAAGCCAGCGACGAACUCUGGGUAUCGGCACACACAGAGGAAGACGCACUAAAGAAAGCCUCCGCCAAAUACAACGUACCGGCCUCCGACGUGAAACUGGUGCGAGACGACGAUGUGUUGGACACGUGGUUUUCAUCUGGGCUGUUCCCGUUCGCUAUAUUCGGGUGGCCUGACCAGACUGAGGACUUACAGGCGUUCUACCCAGGGGCACUGCUGGAAACCGGCCACGAUAUCCUGUUCUUCUGGGUGGCGCGAAUGGUGUUCUUUGGGCAGCGGCUUAUGGGCAAACUGCCCUUCAAAGAGAUCUACCUGCACCCCAUGGUCCGCGACGCCCACGGCCGCAAGAUGUCCAAGUCCCUCGGCAACGUCAUCGACCCCGUGGACGUGGUGCGCGGAGUGACGCUCGAACAGCUGCAUAACCAACUGCUGGAGUCUAACCUGGACCCGAAAGAGAUAGAGAGAGCUAAAGCGGGACAGAAACAGGACUAUCCUAAUGGGAUUCCGGAGUGCGGGACCGAUGCGUUGAGGUUCGCCCUAUGCGCGAUGACGCAAGGCCGCGACCUGAACCUGGACGUGCAGCGCGUGCAGGGCUACCGGUUCUUCUGCAACAAGCUGUGGAACACCGCCAAGUUCGCGCUCAUGUACUUCCCCAAGGACGCCGUAUUUGAAGUGUUCCCACCCGCGGUACCCAGCAGCCUAUCCCCCAUGGACCGCUGGAUGCUGUCCCGCGUGGCGCUAGCGGCCAGCAAAGUGAACGCUGGCUUUCAAAGCUACGACUUCCCGUCCGCCACCACGCACUGCUACAAUCUGUGGCUCUAUGACCUCUGCGACGUUUACUUGGAAUACCUCAAACCCGUGUUCGCCUCGGGCACCGACAGCGCGAAGGAAGCCGCGUGGCGCACCCUCUACACGACCUUGGACUACGGACUGAAACUGCUCAGUCCAUUCAUGCCUUUCCUCACUGAAGACCUGUAUCAGAGGCUGCCCAGGAAGGACAAGAGCUGCGAAUCCAUCUGUGUGGCUAGUUAUCCUACUGAAUCCGACGCCCCCUGGCGUUCAGAAGACCUCGAAUCCGACGUCGACACAGUCCUCAAAAUGGUCCACCUCGUCCGCUCAACCCGCGCCGAGUACAAUCUCACCAACAAGCAGAAGACCACCGCACACCUCGUGCUGAGUCCCGAACUUAAAGUGGCAGAACUCAGGGGACUGUUUAAGAAUUUACAGAGUUUGGCUAACAGCGAAUUGUCGGAGGAAAAACCGCCGGUUGGAUGCUCGAUAUUGACCGUGUCGGAUAAGAUUGAAGUGCAUCUUGUGCUUAAGGGGCUUAUCGACCCUCAAAAGGAGAUAACCAAACUAGAAAAGAAGAAGGACACCCUGUCUCAAACCAUCACCAAGCUAUCCCAAGCCAUGGCCGCCGAAGACUACGCGACCAAAGUGCCCGCAGACGUCCAGAAAGGCAACAGCGAGAAACUAACGCAGUCCCAGGGAGAGAUCGCGAGGUUACAGGCCGCUAUAGAAACGUUGAAACUCAUGUAACCGCCAACUAGAUAGACAAUUUGUUAACCAAUUUAAAACCUUAUGCUUCAAGCAUUAGGGUCACGAAUAGUAUUUGUCUAACGACAAGUGAUACCACAGAUAAAUAAAUAUUUUGUAUAUUGAGUUAUCAAAUUGGCAAUUUUAAUCGAAAUUUACAAGAAGUUGUUCUGGAUUGUAAAUUCAACAUGCUAGAUUAAGCGGAAGAUUGUUACAUUAGUUUAUUUAUUUAU